AUGGCGCCCGUCGCCGUCGUCCCGAGCCCCGAUCGCCGACGCCGAAAGCCUCCGGGAGGCCGUGCAAGGUCGUACCGCUGCGGAACGGAGCGCGUCGACGAGGACGUCGCGAGGAUGGAGGCGGUACAGCUCGCGGAAGCCAUCAAGAAGAGAAGGCAGCCGCACGGCGACGAGGUGGCACGAAUCGUCAGCACGAGGAGCAAGCACCAGCUGCGGGCCACGUUCCAGCGGUACAAGCAAGACCACGGCACCGACGUCGAUGAGGACAUCACCAAGCAUAGCAGCAGUCAGUUUGCCAAGAUCCUCAGGAGCGCCGUCUGGUGCUUAACGUCGCCGGAGAAGCACUUUGCAGAGUGUUCAACCUGUACUGGAUCUUAUAUAUGUAUAUGUACUUUGUUCGUCAGGGCCAUCUUAGGAUUUGGAACGGAUGAGGACACACUUACCAGGGCGAUCAUCUCAGGGUCCGAGAUCGGCAUGAACAAGAUCAAAGAGGAAUACAAGGUCAGGUUCAAGACCACGGUCACCAGCAACAUUGUUGGUGACACUUCGGGUAUUACAAGGACUUCCUGCUGA